CUAUCCCACCCUCUCCCCCACCUUCUACACAUUUCCAUCCACUCUUAAAAUUUCAAUUUGUCUGUCUGAACACCGAGAAAGUGAGCUUCAAGAAAAAUGGGGUUUCUCUUCUUCCUCUUCCUCUUAACACUCUCUGCUGUUAAUGGCGAUGAAGAUGCUUUCAUUGGAGUGAACAUAGGAACAGACAUGACAGACAUGCCACACCCAACACAAAUAGUUGCACUCCUCAAGGCCCAACAAAUCCGCCACGUCCGCCUCUACGACGCGGACCGCGGCAUGCUCUUAGCCCUCGCCAACUCCGGCAUCCGCGUCGCCGUCUCCAUCCCCAACGACCAACUCAUCGGCGUGGGCCAGUCCAACUCGACUGCCGCGAACUGGGUGGCCCAAAAUGUCGUGUCCCACUACCCUGCCACCAACAUCACGACCGUUUGCGUGGGGUCUGAGGUCCCCUCGUCCCUCCCGAACGCGGGCCGCGUCCUGGUCACCGCCCUUCGGUACGUGCAUUCCGCGCUCGUCGCAUCCGGGCUCGAGAAGCGGGUCAAAGUCUCGACCCCGCUCGCUUCCUCCAUUAUCCUCGACUCGUUUCCCCCGUCCCAAGCCUUCUUCAACCACACUUGGAAGCCGGUUUUGGUCCCCGUGCUCGAGUUUCUCCAGUCGACCGGUUCGUUUUUCAUGAUCAACGUCUACCCGUACUACGAGUACAUGCAGUCGAACGGUGUAAUCCCGUUAGACUACGCCCUAUUCAACCCCCUCUCCGCCGCGAAAGAGGCGGUCGACUCCAACACCCUCCUCCACUACACCAACGUGUUUGACGCGAUGGUGGAUGCUGCGUACUUCGCAAUGGCGGACCUCAACUUCACGAACGUCCCCGUAGUGGUGUCCGAGUCGGGCUGGCCAUCGAAAGGCGACCAGAACGAGCUUGACGCCACCUUGGAAAAUGCCAACACUUACAAUAGCAACUUGAUCAAACACGUCAUAAACAAAACGGGGACCCCAAAAUACCCGGGGAUCCCGGUAUCCACGUACAUAUACGAGCUGUACAAUGAGGACACCAAACCCGGCCCGGUCUCAGAAAAGAACUGGGGACUGUUCGACUCGACGGGGAAGCCGGUUUACAUCUUGCAUUUGACCGGGUCGGGUUCGGUGUUGGCGAACGACACCACGAGGGAGACUUAUUGUGUGGCUAAAGAAGGAGCGGACGGGAAGAUGCUUCAAGCGGCUUUGGAUUGGGCAUGUGGGCCCGGGAAGGUGGUUUGCUCGCCGUUGAUGCAGGGCGGGCCGUGCUAUCAACCGGACACGGUGGGGGCCCACGCCACGUACGCUUUCAAUGCUUAUUAUCAGAGUGCAGGGAAGGCUGCUGGGAGUUGUGACUUCAAUGGGGUGGCAACUGUCACUACAACCAAUCCAAGUCAUGGUUCAUGUCUAAUAGGAAGUACUUUGGACCCAUUCAAUGAGAGUCCUAAUGAUGCUGAAACAAAACUGUUGAUGUGGCAGAGGGGAGAAAAACGGUACGUUUAUGAACGGCACAGCUCCGGCGGUGGAUUCGAAUCUAACCUCGGCAGCCGCCCGCACGCCGCCGCACCGGGUGAACUGCAAACCCAUCUUUGCAUCACAAGUAUUGGUUGCAGCCUUAGGGUGGAGCUCAAGUCUGUUGUGGUAGCUUCUUCUUCAAUGGAGAAACCCAUUUACCUCUUCUUCUUUUUGUCUUUCUUUGGUAGGUAGAAUUGAUGAAUGGAUGGAUGGAGCUUGUUGUGACCAUGAUCUUUGGAUGUGGGAAUUUUUUGUGGCCAUUUUUUUUGUGCAUGACUAAUGUGGUCUCUUAGGUCCAAUUUGCUACUUGGGAAAUUGGUUUCUUCAUUAGAGAGUGGGAUGAUGUAUUAUUCUCUUUGUUGUGAAGUAGUAAGUACUUGCAAACUUAUUUGGCUAACUCACAAUUU